AUGCUUCUGGAACAGGAUGCGAAUGAGACAAACUGUUGCUUGGAGAUAAUUAAUAUCCUAGAAAAGUAUUACCUUUCCACCAUGUACAUCCUUGAGUUCAUUUUUGGUAUCAUUGCAAAUAGCAUUGUGGUGUUUGGCUACAUCUUCUGCCUGAAGAACUGGAAAAGUAGCAACAUCUAUCUGUUCAAUCUGUCCUUAUCAGACUUAGCAUUUCUUUGCACUCUUCCAAUAUUGGUGGCAAAAUACUCAACGGACACAUGGACACCUGGGAACAUUUUGUGCCAAAGCAAUAGAGUAUUGUUGCAUGCAAACCUGUACACAAGUAUCCUUUUCCUUACCUUUAUCAGUAUUGAUCGAUAUAUCCUUAUGAAAUAUCCAUUCAGAGACCAUUUUCUGCAGAGGAGAAAAACGGCUGUUUUUAUCUCUGUUGCCAUCUGGAUCUUGGUUAUAUCUGAACUGUUGCCAAUAAUCAACUUCAUUGGAUCUACUGUCAAUGACAAUAAAUGCAUUGAUUAUGCAAGUUCUGGAGUUCCAGAAGAUAACUUGAUCUACAGUUUGUGCCUGACUGUUUUGGGAUUUCUAAUCCCUCUGUGUGUCAUGUGCUUCUUUUACAGGAAGAUGGUUAUUUUUCUUAGAAACCAUAAUGAGCAGCUCAGUGGUUCCCUGCCACUUGAGAGACCUCUUACUUUAGUUGUCAUGGCAGUGGUCAUUUUUUCGCUGCUCUUUACUCCCUAUCAUAUCAUGCGCAAUGUCAGGCUUACCUCCCGCAUACAAUCCUUGAAGCUAUCUGAGUGCACACAAAACAUCAUCAAUGUCAUUUAUAUCAUCACAAGACCUAUUGCAUUUUUAAAUAGUGCAAUUAACCCUGUCUUUUAUUUUCUAAUGGGUGAUCACUUCAGGGAGAUGCUGAUGAAUAAAGUAAGGCACUUCUUAGAAAGAGUGACUAUUAACCGAAAAUGA